AUGAACACGAAAGUCACCCAGAAAAUAGCACAUGCAGCGCUCGCUGAAGGAGACAACGUGGUUGAUCCUGGAGAGUUACUGGAUAUCCCCAAUGUGCACUUCUUCGGGGCUGAAUACGAACCUGAGCUACACCGCAAUCGAUCUCUUCGGACCUUACUGUUUCAGUCGUUGGCCAUAUCCGCUAUUCCGGUUGGAUUCGGCUCGCCAUUGAUCAGUGCUAUUUAUGGUGGAGGUCAGCUUCCGAUGUUUCUGGGAUGGGUCGUGGUGGCCCUUGGUCAGCAAUGCGUUGCUAUUUCGCUUGCUGAGCUUAUUUCGCGAUUCCCAGUUUCUGGAGGCCCCUACUUCUGGUCUUUCCAGCUGGCGAGCCUCAAGAGAAGAAAGGCAGUGGCAUUUUCCACUGGGUGGAUAUGGCUCACUGGUAACUGGACCAUCACUCUGGCAGUCAACUUCGGAUUUGCACAAUUAGUCUCCGCGGCCGGCAGUCUUUACAGAUCGGGCUUUCUUAGUGAGCCCUGGCAGCUACUCUUAGUCUUCUACGGCAUCUGUCUCACAACCUUUCUCGUGUGCUCAUUCGGAAACCGCUACUUGCCAAUAAUUGAUACUAUCUGUGCGGUCUUUACUGUCGUCGCUAUCUUGGUCACACUUAUAUGCCUGUCAAUAAAAGCUAAAGCUGGAAGACAUUCAGUCGCCGACACCUUGGGGCACUAUGACAGCACUUUGAGCGGCUGGGGAGACUUUUCCUUCUGGAUCGGGACUCUUCCGUCAGCUUACGCGCUUUGUACAACAGGAAUGAUCUCCUCUAUGGCUGAGGAGUGUGAUGAUCCCCAAGUCAAAUUGCCCAGAGCUUUGUGUCUGUCAAUACCUGUCGGGGGCCUUGCUGGUCUCUUCUACAUACUCCCAAUCUGUGCGACCUUGCCACCUUUGAACGAUAUAAUUGCCGGUGGCGAUGGUCAAGCUCUCCCAUAUAUCUUCGGUGUUGUUAUGGGUUCUGCAGGAGGUGGACUGGCCCUGACAACAUUUCUACUCUGCAUCUGUUGCUUCUGCAGUGUCAGUAUCACUGUCGCUGCGAGUCGAUGUACUUGGGCUUUUGCACGAGACCAAGGAAUCCCACUUUCAAGAUUAUGGGCAAAGGUCGACAAAAGGCUUGAUGCACCAGUCUUCGCCAUCGCGCUCACCACCUUCGUCGAGAUGCUCUUGGGACUCAUUAAUUUAGGUAACUCCUCGGCCUUUUUGUCAUUUGUAUCUGUCGGAGUUAUUUCCCUGGCAGUGUCUUAUGCGAUUCCAAUUGCAUUGUCUCUUUACUACAAGCGAUCCGAGGUCAACGCCGCUCCUUGGACAUGUCGAAAGCACUGUGGAACAUUGAUCAAUAUUAUUGCUCUCGCUUGGAUCGCUUUCCAGGUGGUACUCUUCAGUAUGCCGACAGUGUUGCCUGCGUCCGCUGGAAGCAUGAACUACGCAAUCGUGGUGUUCGCUGGUCUCACGGCUGCAAGUACAUUUUACUAUAGCUUCUAUGCCAGGAAACACUAUACCGGCCCUCAGGUAUUGCCUGCCUGCACUUAA